AUGGCUCGUAACUCUCCUCUUCCCAUCUCCGAGGAGUGGGAUGAUCCCGAUGCCUACAUUGAGGCUCUACUUUCCUUCUCUACUACAUCGGAGCUCUUCAUCAAUGUAUGCGGCGGCGUACAUAUCCUCGACUUUUUGACUAGCGAGCCUGAUGUAUUUACAACUCUUUUGCCAGAGGAUUGGCGGGUCUUCUUCAAAGAGCAUGACACCCAGGAUAUCAUCUUCCUACUCUUACGGGAAGACAUUGAACCCUUACGAAGCUCCGAGCCUGAGCCAGACGCAGAUGGCCGUACUUGGAAAGGAGGCGCAUUCCCUCCUCAAUCCCUCUUGGACUACAUUUUUAAUGUGCAGCGAUUGACACUUCGGCGAGACUUUCCUCCCUCGAUGAAAAGCCAGUUGCCAAGACAUGUUGCUGUAGGCAUGAAUCGAAAAAAAGUACACGAGGUCGAAUACUUCUCUCAUUACGUCUCUUCUCUAUCCGACACUGUCAAUGAGAGUCGUGGAGAACCAGUAUCCCAUAUUGUGGAUCUAGGCUCUGGACAAAAUUAUCUUGGGCGAACGUUGGCCAGCUCGCCGUAUCAUAAGCAUAUUAUCGCUAUUGAGCGACAGCACCAAUAUAUCAACGGUGCUAAAGGCAUGGACGUCCAAGCCAAGCUUGCAAAGAAAGUACCAAAGACUGUCUUUGUGCACAACCGCAAGAAGCCAUGUGAUCCCUGUAAUGAGACUCCGGAAAUUGCUGCUGACACGGCGGAGACUACAACAUCACAAACUUCGCAUGUCUCUGAAGACAUGCCAUUGCUGGCAACCGAUAAAGUCAUUGAAGAUGUCACUAUGUUCAAGAUGUUGGGAGAAAUCAGCCUGGAGCCUGACGAGCUGUCUAGGCCACUCCCAAGAAACACACGGCGAGAAAAAGCCGAGUCAGAGAUCGAUAGCCGAGGUACUAUUAGUUACAUCGAACACGAAAUUCGAGAUGGCUAUUUAGAACCCAUCAUAGACCAUGUCGUCAAGCCGUCACUGGAUGGAGAUGAUACAGACAAGAUAUCCACAUCCACACCAGCCCAGCUCGACGCAAAGCCACAGACUGAUGCAAGAGUAAUGGUUGUCUCUCUACACUCAUGUGGAAACCUCGUUCACCACGGUGUACGAUCUUUGAUUCUAAACCCCUCUGUCGUGGCAGUCGCCAUGAUAGGCUGCUGCUACAACCUCUUGACGGAACGUCUCGGCCCAGCCACAUACAAGCUCCCCACUCUCCGAUCACUGCACCCCCGACUCCAAGAAACAAGCACAUCAUACGACCCGCACGGAUUCCCUAUAUCAAAACACUACGAGGACUACCAAACCCCGACUGGAAAAGGGAUAAAACUCAACAUCACAGCACGGACACUAGCCGUACAAGCCCCCUACAACUGGGGCCACGACGACAGUGAAGGGUUCUUCACCCGUCAUUUCUUCCGUUCUCUACUCCAACGAAUCCUCGUUGAUAAAGGCGUCAUGCCCAAGCCUGGUCUCAUACAGGACGCCCAGUCAGACUCUGAGUCCAAACCUGUCAUUAUUGGAGCUUUGCCUAAAGCUGCUUUCAAGUCUUUCAAUGCUUAUGUACGUGCUGCUACAAUCAAGAUGGCUAGGGAUCCUUAUAAUGGCCCCAAGGUCCAGGCGCAUAUUGCUACAUUGACUGAUGAGGAGAUUCUGCGGUAUGAGACCGAUUAUCUCUAUGCAAGGAAAAAUCUUAGUCUUGUGUGGAGCUUGAUGGCUUUUAGUGCCCAGGUUGUUGAGGCUGUUGUUGUUGUGGAUCGGUGGCAGUUCCUGCGUGAACAGGACUCUGUGAAGGAGUGUUGGGUUGAGCCGGUGUUUGACUAUAGUGAAAGUCCACGAAACUUGGCUGUAAUAGGGAUAAAGAAAUGA